AUGAAUUACUCUACAAUGAACUUCACGCCUGAAGCUUACCCAAACUCCACAAGUCAUUCCUUUGGGGUUGUGGACACACUGAAUUUUUGUAUGUUCAUCUUUAGUUUCUUGGUUGGUCUUCCAACACACUGCUAUGUUAUAUGGCUCAUCGUCACAGGAGCUGGAAGUGGAGUCGCUUCAGAGUUCUUCAACCUCAAUCUCUCCAUUUCUGAGGCUGGUUUCUCGUUGGAUUGUUUGAUGUUUUUUCUGUCAGAGUGGUUUUCAUUUUUAUUGGAGUUUAAGAUGUUUUUAGCAGGACUAGUCACCACUGGCCGUCCUCUGUUUCAGUGUCUGAUGUGUGUUGAGCGUUACCUGGCAGUGGUUCAUCCUGUAACCUUUCUAAAGUACAAACCUCUCAGAUAUAGACUGAUCUGCUGUGCUGUGGGCUGGAUACUCACUCUUGGUGCUUGUUUGUGCUGCAUGUAUACCAUGGUCAAACACAAAUUUGUACAUGUAUGGUUUAUGUCAGUGCAGUUUGUCCUCUUUGUCUCCAUCCAGUUGUUUUGUCUUGUGGCUGUUCUCAGAGCGCUGAAGCAGUCAGGACCAGGAGAGAGAGUGAGAGAGAAUGAGGAAAACCACAGAAAAAGAAGAGCGUUUUACCUGAUUUUAAUAACUACUAUAAGUAUGGUUAUCACAUAUGUCCCAUUUAACACUGUAGGGUUUUUUUCCAUUGUGACAGGAAUUUUCAAUUCUGCACACUAUGUCCCUGGUUUGACUUGUUUUGUACUGUGUGGUUUUGUUCAGCCUAUUCUUUAUCUGCACCGCACUGGAAAACUCUCCUGCCUUUGUCUUUUCUCCUCUCCAUUACCUCAGAAUAAAUGA